AUGCCAACUAUAAAAACGAAACUUAAUAUUGAUAUAGAUUUCCCAGAAGAGGAUGUGCCGUAUGAGGAAGAGAUACUGCGUAAUGCUUAUUCCGUAAAACAUUGGUUGCGUUAUAUUGACCACAAAGCUAAGGCACCCAACAAUGGUGUUAAUAUAGUGUAUGAACGUGCAUUGAAGGAAUUGCCUGGCAGUUACAAAAUUUGGUACAAUUACUUGCGCACUAGGAGGAAACAGGUACGUGGACGUCCAUUGAACGACCCUAUGUAUGAAGAAGUCAAUAAUACGUUUGAACGUGCGUUGGUUUUUAUGCAUAAAAUGCCACGCAUUUGGAUGGAUUAUGGUACUUUUAUGACUUUGCAAUGUCGAAUAACACGUACCAGAUACGUUUUUGAUCGCGCCUUACGUGCGCUACCCAUAACGCAGCAUCAUCGUAUCUGGCCACUGUAUCUGAAGUUUGUACGUCAGUUUGACAUACCCGAAACUGCGGUGCGAGUUUAUAGGCGAUACUUAAAAUUAUGCCCAGAUGAAGCUGAGGAAUAUAUUGAAUAUUUAUCUGAAGUGGGCAAAUUAGAUGAUGCGGCUCAGCAGUUAGCUACGAUUGUAGAUAAUGAAAAUUUUGCUUCAAAAUUUGGUAAAUCAAAUCAUCAACUUUGGAAUGAGUUGUGUGAGCUUAUAUCUAAGAAUCCGCAUAAAGUGCAUUCACUGAAUGUGGAUGCUAUUAUUAGAGGUGGCUUGAGAAGGUAUACGGAUCAAUUGGGUCAUUUAUGGAACUCUUUGGCGGAUUACUACGUACGUUCCGGUUUGUUUGAUCGUGCACGUGAUAUAUAUGAAGAAGCCAUACAAACGGUUAAAACAGUACGAGACUUCACACAAGUAUUCGAUGAAUACGCACAGUUCGAGGAAGUUUCAUUAAGCAAACGUAUGGAAACUGUUGCGAAUGAUCCAACCUCUACAGAGGAGGAUGAUAUUGAUGUUGAACUGCGCUUGGCACGCUUUGAAUAUCUAAUGGAACGACGUUUGUUGUUACUAAAUAGCGUGUUGCUGCGUCAGAAUCCACACAACGUUCACGAAUGGCACAAGCGUGUUAAGUUGUACGAAGACAAGCCGUUGGAAAUCAUCAACACUUACACAGAAGCUGUGCAGACUGUCCAACCAAAAUUGGCCGUUGGUAAACUGCAUACAUUGUGGGUCGAAUUCGCCAAGUUCUACGAGGGUAAUGAUCAAAUUGACGAUGCGCGCGUCAUUUUUGAAAAAGGCACCGAAGUUGAGUACAUCAAAGUGGAUGAAUUGGCGUCUGUCUGGUGUGAAUGGGCAGAAAUGGAAAUAAGGCAAGAAAAUUUUGAAAACGCACUGAAGUUAAUGCAAAAGGCAACGGCGAUGCCAAAGCGUAAGGUGGCAUAUCACGAUGACACAGAGACGGUACAAAUGCGUCUUUACAAAUCGCUAAAAGUUUGGUCGAUGUAUGCAGAUUUGGAAGAAUCAUUUGGCACUUUCAAAACCUGCAAAGCCGUGUACGAUCGGAUAAUCGAUUUAAAAAUUUGUACUCCACAAAUCAUUAUAAAUUUUGGACUCUUUCUUGAGGAGCACAAUUACUUUGAGGAAGCAUUUCGCGCUUAUGAAAAAGGCAUUGCUCUAUUCAAGUGGCCAAAUGUCUUUGAUAUUUGGAACUCUUAUUUGACAAAAUUUUUAAAACGUUAUGGCGGCACUAAACUGGAACGCGCACGUGAUCUUUUCGAGCAAACAUAA